AAUGAGCGUUUUGAUGAUCGAUCAUAUGAUUUGACAUUCACUUCCGGAAAAAUAAGAAAAAGAAAAUUAUUAUUUUGGUUUGAUUAAAAUUAACUUUUAGCUAUGGGAACCAGAGCUGACACUGCAUUGGCUGUUGUUACAAUAUUUUGGGGUUUCAUCGGAAUUGUAUGUCCAUUACUGGUUCAAUUCUGCAUGGGCAGAUCUCCUAACAAAGGAAUUGUACAGAUUAUGUUUAUAAUGACAGCUGCCUCAUGCUAUCUCUUCUGGCUGUGUGCAUUCCUGUUUCAAUUGAAUCCAUUGGUUGGUCCUCAACUUGAAAGUAAUUUAAUACGAAUUAUGCAAUAUGAAUGGAUGGGAAUAGAUCCUGAACAUGUGUCGGAAGUACCAAAAUAAAGCAGUUAAUCAUUCCUGGAUGAAUGUUUACCAACUAGUCUCUUAGAAUUCCACAUUAUAGCCAAGACAUCACAGAUCAUUUUAUUGUUUUUGUAUUGUGAAAAAAAAAAGACAUUUAUGCUAUUAGGAAAGGGUCUGUUUUACCAGACUCAUAAAGAAAGACACUCAAAUUAGAAAAUGUUUACCAGACUCAUAAAAAAAAAAACACUCAAAUAAGAAAAUAUUUGGUUGACAAACUACAAAUAAGGAAACUUUUUCCAGUGGAUCACAGAUUUAUAUUUGAAAUACCUGUUAAGAUGUGUAUACAAAAAUGAAUUUAAUAUAUUGUGAGACAAAAACACUUUUUAGGUGCUGAAAUUUGUGAAGUACUGGUAUAAUUUUAACAAAAAAUUUAAUAAAAAGUAAAAGUUAUGAAAUUCUUAAUACAUGUAAUUCAGAAAAAUACAGUGAUAAUAUAAAUAGUAAUGAAAUGAAGAAAAAUUAUGUAAUUUAAAAAAAAGUUUAGAGUAACAUUGUGUUAUUGUGAUUAAUUUUAUGUACAUAUUUUAAAACUAUGUUGUACAUUUUGUUUACAUGUAUAUAUUUCUGAUUAUUUACAUGUACUGUAGUAUUUAAUGUAUACUAGUUGAGAUAAAUAAACAGAUUUAUAAAUA